CUCGGCGAACAAAAAACUGUGAGACCAGAUGUAUGGAGAAUGUUGCAGACAGAAAAGCCUAAUGUGUUUUUGAGAGAAAUAAUAAUGAAAUUGUGGACAGCUAGAGAUUUGGCAAAUAGGGCUCUCGACUUAAAGAAAGUACAUAUAAAUAUACCAAAUAGGUCUCCAGUAAAACGAAUUCAACUAAGUUUGUUGAGGCUAUUAAUAAGUAUAUUCAAUGAUUUCUUGGAACGACAAAGAGGAUAUUCGCCUGAGGAAAAGGCUAAAAUGUUGAGAGGUUCAACUUAUAUUUUAUCUCAAAAAAUCAGGGAUUUACGAAGUCAAGAAAGAGGAAAAAGCGCAGCAAGAAAGCGCGUACGUUACAACUAAUAAUUUAGAUUUUCAAUAAAAAAAAAAUAAUUCUAAGGUUUACUGUGAUCUUUAACAAAAAAAAGUUAAAUUAAUGUAAGAUUUAAAAUCAAAACGAAAGUAUUAGUUAUUUUUACUGUUAGAUACUUAAAGAGUUUUUUUUAUUUUUAUGAAAUUUUAUUUCUGUGCCAAAGAAAUAUUUGGUAUUAACAUAAAAUAUUUAUCAUGGUAUGUAUUUAAUACCUGACUGAGUCAUAGAGAAAUAUUAUUAUUAUUUUAAUAAUAUUUAAAUAAUAAAUAAUAAAUCGUUGAUCGAUAUGAAGUAAAAUUUAAAUCAUUAAAAAGAAUUUAUAUUCAUUUUCGCAAUACAACUUUUUCAAAGUUUAAAAUAAGAGUUAUAAAAAGUUAUAACUGUACUUUGAAUAAUAGCGCAAGAAGCCGCAAAAGUAGUUGUGCAACAAUCAUUAAACAAAAAAUACUCCUUUAUGUUGACUAUGAAAAAAAUUGUAUUCCUUCUUUCUUUUCAUAUAAUAUGAUCUUAUGUAAGUUAUAUGUAUAAUGUAAACCUGAAAUAAAAAUUUUUUUACGACAUUU